AUGAAGACGCCUGUUAUUGCGGGCUCCGACGGCGCAGGCAUGGUUUUGGCUGUUGGGCCUAAGGUGAACGACUUCACCGCUGGUGAUAAGGUCUGCGCCUUGUUCCACGAGCUUCAUCAGACCAACCUAAUCACACCCGAGGCCUUGGGAAGUGGUCUGGGCGGAGUUGUUGAUGGCACCCUGCGCAAGUACGCUGUGUUCCCUGACCACGGCCUAGUCAUUGCUCCGUCUACUCUAGACUCUGUUGAAGCUAGGACUUUGACUUGUGCGGCUUUGACAGCUUGGAACGCUCUUUUCGGUCUGAAGAAGCUGAAGGCGGACGAUUGGGUUCUGACUCAAGGCAUUGGCGGCGUCAGCUUGGCUGCUAUUCAAUUCGCUGACACCACAGGAGCGACAGUCGUUGCAACUACGUCUUCAAACGACAAAGCUGACAUCCUCAAAAAGAUGGGUGUUUCGCAUGUCAUCAACUAUCGAGAUGUUGCCGAAUGGGAGAUGCCGCCAGGGCCCUCACUAUCGAGGGACUUGGCUUCGAUCAUAUCCUCGAGAUUGGCGGAGCAGCUAUUGUGGCCCAGUCAUUGA